AUGUCUGGCCCACCAAUUCGCUUAAUGGAGAAUCCAAAUGCUAAACCAGUCACCCACCAUAUGCUCAUACCAGUCCUGGUUCUUUGGCAAGAGGAAGUGAAAGCAGGUAUCGACUGGAACAUUCCAUUUGGAGUUAUCAAGCCUAUCCCCAUUGGUACAAACCGAAGCCGAAGCCCGAAGCUGAACCCGAAGCCGAAGCCGAAGCCGAAGCCAAGGCCGAACCCGAACCCGAGCCCGAACCCGAAGAAGCCGAAGCCAAAGCCGAAGCCCGAAGCUGAACCCGAAGCCGAAGCCGAGGCCGAAGCCGAAGCCGAACCCGAACCCAAACCAGAACCCGAACCAGAACCUGAACCCAAACACGAACCCAAAGCCAAAGCCGAAGAAUCUGAAGCCGAACCCGAACCCGAACCCACCGAACCCGAAUCCGAAGCUGAACCCGAACCCGAACUCGCCGAAGCCGAACCCGAACCCAAACCCGAACCUGAACCCGAUCCCGAACCCGAAGAAUCUGAAGCCGAACCCGAACCCAAACCCGAAGAAGCCGAAGCCGAAGAAGCCGAAGAAGCCGAACGCGAACCCGAACCUGAAGAAGCCGAAGAAGCCGAAGCCGAAUCCGAAGAAGCCAAAGCCGAAGAAGCCGAAGCCAAAGCCAAACCCGAAGCCGAAGCUGAACCCGAAGCUAAAGCCGAGGCCGAACCCGAACCUGGACCUGAAGAACCCGAACCCGAACCCGAACCGAACCCGAACCCGAAGCCGAACCCGAACCCGAACCUGUACUCGAAGCCGAACCCGAGCCCAAACCUGAAGCCAAAGCCGAAGCCGAACCCAAACCCGAAGAAGCCGAAGCCGAACCCAAACCCGAAGAAGCCGAAGCUGAAUCCAAAGAAGCCGAAGCCCGAAGCUGAACCCGAAGUCGAAGCCGAACCCGAACCCGAAGCCGUAGCCGAACCUGAACCCGAACCCAAACUUGAACCCGAACCCGAAGCCGAAGCCGAAGCCGAACCCGAUCCCGAACCCGCCGAAGCCAAACCCGAAGCCGAAGAAAGCCGAAGCCGAACCGAACCCAAACCUGAACCCGAACCCGAACCCGAACCCAAACCCGAAUCCGAACUCGAACCUGAACCCGAACCCGAACCCGAACCCGAAGAAGCCGAACCCGAAGCCGAAGCUGAACCCAAAGCCGAAGCCGAAGCCGAGGCCGAAGCCGAAGCCGAAGCCGAACCCGAACCCGCACCCGAACCCGAACCCGAACCCACACCUGAACCCGAAGCUGAACCGAACCCGAGCGCGAACCCGAACCUGAAGAAGCCGAAGAAGCCGAAGCCGAAUCCGAAGAAGCCAAAGCCGAAGAAGCCGAAGCCAAAGCCAAACCCGAAGCCGAAGCUGAACCCGAAGCUAAAGCCGAGGCCGAACCCGAACCUGGACCUGAAGAACCCGAACCCGAACCCGAACCCGAACCUGAACCCGAAGCCGAACCCGAACCCGAACCUGUACUCGAAGCCGAACCCGAGCCCAAACCUGAAGCCAAAGCCGAAGCCGAACCCAAACCCGAAGAAGCCGAAGCCGAACCCAAACCCGAAGAAGCCGAAGCUGAAUCCAAAGAAGCCGAAGCCCGAAGCUGAACCCGAAGUCGAAGCCGAACCCGAACCCGAAGCCGUAGCCGAACCUGAACCCGAACCCAAACUUGAACCCGAACCCGAAGCCGAAGCCGAAGCCGAACCCGAUCCCGAACCCGCCGAAGCCAAACCCGAAGCCGAAGAAGCCGAAGCCUAA